AUGUCCAUGUUCCUGUCAAAGUUCCUGGCAGGAAGGAGUAAUGCCAAGUCCAAUCUGGAGCUGUUGACCGAGGCAUGGGUCAGCAUUCAAAAGUACUAUGAAACAGCAGCAGAUCCACUGAAAGAUGCAGUGGAGUCAACGCCCAUUCCAAUGUGUCUUCGUAACAUUGUCCAACUGAUACAGUCUGAGGAGCUUGGAUAUCAACGAGCCAACGCGAGCGAUAGCCUAGGCGAUGUGGAGCCAAGUUUGGAGACUGGUCCUUGUCUUGAAUACCUUUUACACAAGCGAGUAUUGGAAGAAAUGGUCGAGUUUGCCAAAGUCGAUACACCUUAUGGCAUGCGGAUUCAAACGUUACGAUUCUUUUGCAGCCUUGUCAACAGUGUUCACGCCAAGCUACUUCCAGAACGUGCAGUGCAUAUGCCGCUUCAAAAGUUGAUUCAUUCAUGUCAUCGUUUGAUCGCUCAUCACUAUGAACAAUUGGUUACGGGUGAUCCAGCAUCAUGUCCUGAAGAACGUCAUCAAGCCAUCAGUGAAUUGUCUUUGGAGCUUGUCAAGUUGAUGCAUGCCAUCUUUUCCCAUUUCAAAGGAGCCAACGCUGCAUUGAUGGAUCUCUUUUUUGAACGUGGAUGGUGCCGUGAUCUCGGGGAAAAUGUAUGGAGAAGCAGCAAGGAUGGUCGCACGUUCCACAAACGACGUGAAAGCAUGGAUGAGAAGAUUGCAUGGAACAUGUUUCUUACACCACGAUUUGACAUGUUUAUGUAUUUGAUCGACUAUAUGAACAUGCCCGGCGAGACCGGCGAGAUUGCACGUGAAGCGAUUCUUUUUGCAUUGCGAUUGUUGGAUGGUGACCCUGAGUAUGUGUGCUACGUUGUUGAAUAUUCCGGAUUGUGUGAGAUCAUGGCUGAACGAUUGGCUUUGUUCUUUGCCAAACUACCCAAGAAUACUGGUGCCUUUACAAUUUCAGAUAAUGGACGCGUUGUACCAGCACGACCUCCUCGACGUCGCAUCCACUUUUCAGUACCGGCCAUGAUCACCAAUAACAGCUUGAUGAUCACCGUCAAUGCACACCACAGCUUUAAGAAGAAGCGCAGAAAACGCAGUCCAUUCGAUAUGCAUUUCGCACGUGCAUUGCAAACCGUACGGGAUGGCGAACAAACGGUGGAUGAGUUUUACAGCUUUUGGGAAUACUUGAAUGAUGUUGCACGUGUGGCAGACAAACGUCUCAUGACAGCACUGAUGGCACAAUUGACAACCUUGUUUUGGCAUCCUGUUGUUUGUACGGCAUUGAGUUCACCCAGCGCUGAUUUGGCGACUGCAGCAACAGCCUACACCACUGAAAUGAUUCGGUCACUCACCGACCAAAAGCUGCUUCAUGCAUUCUUGGUGGUUCUUAUUGGUGAAGAGGGUGGUAUUGGUAAAGAUCUCGAGCCUGAAGUACGAGCCAAUCUUUCACGACAAGAUCUUAUUGAGGAUAGCGAUUCACAACGUACAAGCGAUGAGGAAGAGGAGGAUGAAGAAGAGGAUGAAAAAGACAAGGUUACCGCCAUCUCAUCGGAUGACCAGGAUACAGAAUUGACGCUACGUCUGGUGUUGAUCAAUCGUAUUGAUGCCGAAUCACAUGACUUGUCGUUGUCAACGUUACGCAUGUUUGAUACCAUCCUUGAGACAUACAACCAAUUCGCCAUUUAUAAUCUUGUGCUACGCAAUUAUCUCGACAUUACCCCUGAAGGAGACUAUGUGGAUGACAUGGAAGCCAAGGAAGCCAAUGCAAUGGCUGCUAUAGCGACAGCAGCAGCAUUAGCGACAGCAUCAGACAAUGCAUCAGUGGCAUCUUCUUCCAAGCGAUCCGGUGAAGAAGGUGAAGAGAAUGGUGACAAGGAAAGUGGCACAUCUACGACUGGUGGCGGUGACAAUGCCGAUGAAAAAGUAGGCGAGCUUGCUGUCGCUGAGGAUGUUUCCAAAAAGGAUACCAAGACCGACAAGGUGCGAUGGCUGGUUGAAAGAAUACUAUCCUUGUUGCCCUUGGAAGAUGAACUUGAACGCAUGAAGUCGCCACCUUUAUCCUCCGUGAUCCCAUCCGAGUCAUUUGUGGCAUCCGUCCAUGGUAACGGUCCUCGCAAGAGCAUUGAACAAAAGAACAGCUUGGGUGAUGGUGCAUUGCAGAAUGUGGUGAUUCCUGGCAACAGCUAUGACGACUAUUUCCAUGAAGCACGUGAGCGAUUCCAAUAUGGAUUACUUGCACGUAACUUUUGGAGAGUGCCGUAUCCACCAUCCAAGACCAAAAAGGAUUAUGCACGUGAAGCUGAACAUCGUCGUGGUCGUCCACAACGCCGCCCUAUGAGCAUGAUCGUAUCAUCCAAAGACGCUGCACUUCAUAACCGGAAUGGCUUGUUUGACAGCAAUGGUGCUGCUGAUGCUGUGCCUAUUCAUAAGCGAUGCGGUGGCUACGAAGGUCUAUUUAUGAGCCGAAUCUUUGAUCAAUUCUUCAAGUUGCUUGAAUCGACCAUGGAGCAAAACUUGCUUGUCACUAGCAUUCUUCAAAAGAUUGUUGGCGUUGUCGAUAAGCGUGUGGAUGGCGUUAUAUGUGAUUGGCGCGCAGUACGGGUGGGUGGUGAUGGAUCACUUUACGGUGGUGUAUGGACUUUACCUAGCGCCAAGGGUAAUCGACGCAGCCUUUAUUCAUUGCUGGAACAGGUGACAUUCGAAGCCUUGAAGCGUGCACAGCUGGUACCGAAUUUCGAGACACGUAUAUCAAUUGCCAAGAAACGUGGUGUACAUCACGCCAGUGCCACAAGCAGCUCAACGACCACUAGUCAUCAUCAUCAUCAACAACCAAAGCGAUCCCUUUCCACUUUUGCACGCUCAUCAACAAGCACCACACGUGAUGGCCCUACUUUAUCACGACAAUCAAGUCUUUCACAGCUUGUAUUCAACAAAGGAAGCAGUAACAAUGGAUCCACCACACCACCAUCUGGUACCCAAAGCCCGCCUGUAACAACGACUACUGGUAGCACUAGCAACAACAGCAAUGCUUCAUCCGCCACAGCAUCAUCCACAUCCAAUAAGCCCAAUGCACCCUUGACACUACGAACCAACCGUGAAGCUCUGGAAGCUAAGGACGAUGUUAUUGGCACACCCAAUUCACCAUCAGCCACCUUUUUCCAGCAAACACAACGUGCGAAUGCAACACCCGUGACAAUGACCAAUCCUUUUGCGAAGUUAUCCAAUUUCGUCAAUGCGUAUAUUGUCUUGCAGGAGUUCUGCAAAGAAUUGGCUGCCGUUAUCCUUGUACGACAUGCGACCAAUUACAAUGACACAGGUCUCGUGAAAUAUCACCAACAUGAAGCAUCCGCCUCUCGUACAUCCAUGCUCUUGCCCUAUGAUUGGGACAAUGAACACCACAACAAUUACCCACCUUUGAGGACACCACAAUCACCAUUCUUCCAUGACCGAGAGAAUGAGGACAAUGAUUGGGUAUCAGGAGGAGCAGGAGGUGAUCGGCAGAACAUGGACAAGUGGAAGAAUCGCAUCUCCAUGGUAUCGACUCUUGCAGAUUGGCGUAGUGUACGUAGUCUAGAUAUUAUUGAUGAAGCUAUCACAGCCCGUGUACGAUCAGCAUCCAGUGAUGGAAAAUGGUGA